GAGAGAGAGAGAGAGAGAGAAAGAGUUCGACACGCGACGUAUCCCACCGCCUCGACCAGCCUUGUAUCGAUGAGCAUGCCGGUAGAACCAAUCAACGUGCGACGUAGGAUGGCCGUCGGUGAAACAGCCACGCCCAUCGACUCGCGAGAUUGGCAGUUGCGUUUAUCCGAGUCGUGCGCUACCGUGAGCUUAGUGGCCGGGCGAACGACUGUGGUGGGGAGAUCCACGGCCGAAUGCAACUCGGCACGACUUCGGGAUAACCGAAGCCCUCGAGCUCGAGCCUUUCGUGCGCGGCACACUCCCAAAACUAUCGUUCGUGGGGAAGGAUCGACGCUGCCGUGUACUUCCUACGUGCUUCUCCCUCGUGCUUCUCGGACAUUUCUUUAUUUCUCUCUCUCUCUCUCAUUCUCUCUCUUUCUGUCUGUCUCUCUCUCUCUCUCUCAUUCUCUCUUUCUCCUCCUCCUUCUCCUCACUCUCUUUCCUUUUCGCAUACGUUUCCUAAGUAAAUCAUUUAUUUCCUUUACUUCUUCAUAACGUAAUUCCUGUUAUCAUCGACGGAGCAGAAAACUACGAAUUUCAAGGAUGCGUCGGAUAACGUGACUCGUUCAUUCGUUCGUUCGUUCGUUCGUCCGUCUGUCCGUCCGUCCGUUCGUCCGUCCGUCCGUUCGUUCGUUCGUUCGUUCGUUCGUUCGUUCGUUCGCUCGCUCGCCUUCCUCCUCUUCUUCUUUUCGUAUACGACCUUGUGCGAUACAAUCAACAAAAAACGACGUCAUAUUAGAUACGUAUGUAUAUCGUGGAUUACCUGUUACCCUCGGAAACGUGAAACAAGUGCUAUAUCAUAUUGGACCAAGCCGAAAAUUAUCUGCUCCGAGUGAAUAUGAUCAAAUCGGUAGUGCAGUGACUUCCGUUUGUUAUUAUUUGUUGUUUGUUGUUGUUGCAUUAACUUCUGUAUAAUAAAACGUUUGAGACGUUAGUCUCAACCAACGGCAACAAAAUUGAGCUGGACUUACAUCAACGUGCCGCCGGCCACUAUAUGAGAGCCGGCGGCAACAUGUGCGAUGGCUCGUUCACGGACAGCCUACGAGGUAUGCAGGGUAUGCCCGGUACAUCUCCACCGGGUGCCACAGGGGUCGGUCCCAUGGGGGUUGCCCUUGGUAGCCCUCUUGGCCCUGCAGCCGUCAAGAAGGCACAGGUCGAACACAUAAAACGACCCAUGAAUGCUUUCAUGGUUUGGUCCCGACUUCAGCGACGGAAGAUAGCUCAGGAAAAUCCGAAGAUGCACAAUAGUGAAAUUUCCAAAAGGCUUGGUGCAGAAUGGAAGUUGUUAACCGAAGACGAAAAGCGGCCAUUUAUCGAUCAGGCUAAAAGGCUGCGAGCGCAACACAUGAAGGAAUAUCCUGAUUACAAAUACAGACCUAGAAGAAAACCUAAAACAUUACGCAAAGAGGGAUAUCCUUAUAGCAUUCCUUAUCCAAGUGUUCCGAUGGAUGCUCUUCGAGCCGGAAUGGCUGGUAGCAUGGGACAAGCUGGUAUGGGACCAUAUUAUGGGCCUGCAGCGGCUUACGGUUCACUUUCCGCAGCCAGUAUGGCCGCUGCGGCUGCAGCGGCUGCUCAGCAAUCGGCAGCAGCAAUGUCUGCUGGUCUCGCUGCACCUGCACAAGUUGUCAGUUCCAUGGAUGCUAUGAAGUACUCGAUGGAGGCUGACAAGUACCGUGCCGCUUACAUGCCACCUAGCACUUUGGCGAUGAGCAUGUAUUCGGAUCCAAAGUAUCUCGAUUCAAGUCCAAAAUCUUACCUCGAUCGUAGCUACUUGGAUUCGGCGAAAGCUUAUUUCGAACAAUCGAAGCUUUAUAUGGACCAGAAACCAUCGAUAUCCGAUUACAAUCGGCCAAGUUACGAGCCGAAUAAACUUUAUGAGGAAUCAAGUCCUGGUAGCGUAACCGGUGGUGGUGGUGGUGGUGGUGGUGGUAGUGGUGCUGGUGGUCCUACAAGGUCACCAGCCGCCGAAUCUCCAGACAUUAACAAACAACAUGAGAGAACGGAGCAAGGAUCAUCCAGUGGUAGCUCGACAUCUACGUCAUCAGCAGCGAGUCCAGGUGCCAGUUUACCAACUUAUUAUCCUGGUCCAGUUCAAGCCAGCGGACUUUUGGGACCUCAGAUGGGCCAAUACAGUGGCUAUCAAACCGCACCAGCUCCAGGAAACGAAUCAUUCCGACGUCCACUCACUGUAAUCUUCUGACCCGAUAGAGCCUAGCUCUGAUCCAUCUUCGAAGAGCAAUCCUCCUGAAUACAACGAGUAAUAGCUCGCAUCAGGGUAAUAUGGUCCACGAAAAUAUCACGUUGAUCAUACGACUUCCGCCACGUGUCCUCAGAUUUUGUUCUUUUUUCCUUUUUCUUUUUCUUUUUUUUUUUCCUUUUUUUUUUGUUUUCAUCUUGAAUCUUCGUACGAUUUUCUUUCGUACAUUUUCUUUUCUUUUCUCUUUUCUCCUUUUCU